CUGUAUUAAUUUCAACUGCUCCAUUUAUUCAUUCCCAAAACUGCUUCCUUCCCAUUUCUCUCUCCAUCUCUAUCCCUCUCUUAACUGCUGCAUUUUGUUUCUCACUGAUAGAUAUAUAGAGAGAGAAAGCAAUAUAUAUAUAUAUAUAGAGAGAGAGAGAGAGAGGUUCAAGUACCGCAGAAGAAGAAGAAGAAGAAGAUUAAUAAUGGCUUAUUUGGGGGAAAAAAGAUUUCUUAUUAGAAUCAUUUUUGCAGCUUCUCUGCUAUUUUUUACUUCAUUUUCUCAGCUUCUUCCUCAAGAUGAAGUUGAAACUCUUCGAACAAUAUCCUCGAAUCUUCGGAUCCCGUAUUGGAAUCUUAGUCGAAGCGCUUGCAACGAUGCCAAAGGUUUCAACGUAACCAUUGUCGAUGGCGACUACGACAUAUAUAGCCGCGUGGGGUGCGAUUGUUCAUUCAAUAGCAACACCGUGUGCCAUGUCACGGCCAUCGAAUUGAAGGGACUUAAUCUAACCGGAAAUUUGCCUGAAGCGUUCGCGAAUCUCACUCACCUGAACUUGCUCGAUCUAACACGGAACUACCUCAACGGUUCGAUUCCUAGAGCGUUUGGACGGCUUCGUGUUAAAACAUUAUCACUUCUCGGGAACAAUCUCACCGGUCCGAUCCCGGAUGAGAUCGGCGACAUCACAACGCUAGAACAGCUGGUUUUGGAAGACAACAUGCUCGAAGGAAAUCUCCCGGCGAGUUUGGGACGGUUGAGAAAUUUGAGUCGAAUUCUUUUCUCGGCGAAUAACUUCAACGGGACGAUACCAGUAGAGUACGCCAACCUAACGAGCUUAACAGAUUUUAGGAUAGACGGGAGCUCGAUAUCGGGAAGAAUCCCGGAUUUUAUAGGCAACUGGACGCUACUCGAUCGAUUAGAUAUACAAGGAACGUCGAUGGAGGGCCCAAUCCCAGACACCAUUUCCCGGCUCGUAAACUUGACGGAACUGAGGAUAUCGGAUCUACAUGGCCCGAGUAUUCGGUUUCCCAACUUGCAAGGCCUAAAGAAUAUGCAAGAGUUGAUACUAAGGAAUUGUUCGAUCAACGAUUCGAUCCCAUUUUACCUCGGCGACAUGACUGAGCUCAGAAAUAUAGAUCUAAGUUUCAAUGAGUUGCGCGGAGAAAUUCCGGGGAAUUUCAGUUUGCCGAGACUGAAUUAUCUGUUUGUGUCGCACAAUUCAUUAACUGGUAACAUCCCAGGAUGGAUCGUGAAUACCCGACAAAACAUGGAUCUCUCGUACAACAACUUCACCGGGUCGACUCCAGUCGGGUGUCAAUCCUCAAACUUGAAUUUAGUCGCCAGCCACUCGGCCGCAGCCCCCAGUUCCAUUCCGUGGUGUCUGAAGCCGGACAUCCCCUGCGAUUCAAGCUCCCGAUAUCACUCGUUCUUCGUGAACUGCGGAGGCGAGAGGACGACAUUCGAAGGGGAAGAGUAUGCGGAGAACUCGAACACGAAUGGACCGUCGCAUUACGAAUACCACAACGAGUGGGCGUAUAGCAGCUCGGGGCGAUACAUGGGGAACGAUCGAGCGCUAUUCAUCGUACGCAACGACUCUCCAAUGAAUUCGCCGGAUUCGGAGAUCUACCGAACCGCUCGACUUUCCCCAUCGUCCAUCAAAUACUACGGCCUUUGCUUGCGCUCUGGGAAUUACAGAGUUCGCCUUCAUUUCGCCGAGAUAAUAUUCUACGACAACGCAACGUAUAAUAGCCUCGGUCGAAGGCUAUUCGACAUAGCGAUCCAAGGGAGGGUUGUCGAGUCGGACUUCGAUAUUAUGAAGGAAGCGAAUGGCGUUAGAAGAGGGAUUUAUCGGGAUUACAACGUCGACGUGAACGGGAGCACGCUCGAGAUUCACUUGUAUUGGAGAGGAAAGGGGACUACGGCUAUUCCGAUUCGAGGUGUAUACGGUCCUUUGAUCUCGGCCGUUGCCGUUACACCGAAUUUCGAAGUGAAGACGGGAGAAGGGCUAUCGGCGGGAGCGAUUGCUGGCAUCGUCAUUGGGUCGUUAUCCGUCGUAGGUUUGAUCUUAGCCCUUCUUUGGAUGAAAGGCUACUUAGGAGGAAAAGAAGUCGAAGACAAAGAACUCCGAGCACUCGAUCUUCAGACAGGUUAUUUUACCCUACGGCAAAUCAAAGCUGCCACGGGAAACUUCGACAGCGCUAAUAAGAUUGGCGAAGGAGGUUUUGGUCCCGUCUACAGGGGCGUUCUAUCGGACGGUACAAUUAUCGCAGUCAAGCAGCUGUCCUCAAAGUCAAAACAAGGGAACCGCGAAUUCGUCAACGAGAUAGGGAUGAUAUCCGCCUUACAACAUCCGAACCUCGUUCGACUCUUCGGCUGUUGCAUUGAAGGGAACCAGCUGCUCCUAAUCUAUGAGUACCUCGAGAACAACAGCCUUGCCCGCGCACUUUUCGGUCCCGAGGAUCAAAGGCUGAAACUCGACUGGGGGACGAGGAUGAAGAUAUGUGUAGGAAUAGCGAGAGGCCUCGCGUAUCUACACGAGGAGUCGAGGCUCAAGAUUGUCCAUCGAGACAUAAAGGCGACCAACGUUCUUCUAGACAAGGAUUUGAACGCUAAGAUAUCGGACUUUGGAUUGGCGAAGCUCGACGAGGAAGAGAACACACAUAUCAGCACGCGGAUCGCCGGAACCAUAGGAUACAUGGCUCCUGAGUACGCCAUGAGAGGCUACUUAACAGACAAAGCAGAUGUCUACAGUUUUGGGAUAGUUGCACUUGAAAUUGUAAGUGGCAAAAGCAACACUAACUACAGACCUAAAGAAGAGUUCGUAUAUCUUCUAGAUUGGGCCUAUGUCUUGCAAGAGCAAGGGAACCUUCUAGAGCUCGUGGAUCCAAGCCUCGGCUCGGAUUUUUCCAAGGUAGGGGCGAUGAGGAUGUUGAACUUGGCGCUGUUGUGCGCGAACCCCUCCCCGACUCUGAGACCGUCCAUGUCAGCAGCGGUGAGCAUGCUCGAAGGGAAGAGUCCCGUUCAAGCACCGCUGGUUAAGCGCGGAGGGAUGGGGGAGGACAUCAGGUUUAAAGCACUUGAAAUGCUGUCACAGGACAGCCAGACACAUGUGUCGUCCGCGGCUCAUGAGAGCCGAGAACAAAGAGGUGUAUCCAUGGACGGGCCGUGGAUAGACUCGUCUGUGUCGUUGAAUAGUAAAGAAGACAGUAGGGAUGAUUCUUCGACAAGUAAACUUAUUCCGGAUGUGAAAUAGUCGACGAAUAUAGCAACUAUAUACUCAUAGGGACACAUGGAUUCGUAAAUUAAACCUUCUAUGUACGAGCAUUCGACAAUAGCUAAAUUCAGACAUGUUGUGCACCAACUAAUAGCCACUGAAGUUAUAUCGAAUGCAGAA